AUGCUCAUAAACACAACCAAAACAAAAUGUAUGGUAAAAUCUAAAGAACCCGUAAGAUGUAAACUGGAGAUUGAUGGAAAGAUGGUGGAACAGGUGAAAGAGUUCACAUACUUAGGAGCAGACAUCACUAGCUACGGAGAUCUAAAGCGGGUAGUAAGAAAUCAGACAAUGAAAGCGUCGACGAUAUCAGGUUGUCUUCAGGAUAUUGUAUGGUGCAAUAAAUAUCUCAACAUAGACAGCAAAAUAAGAAUAUACAAGACAGCCAUCCGACCCAUCAUGACUUAUGCUGCGGAGACAAGACCAGAUACGGCAUGGACAUGA